GAACAAACACUAUUCGCAGGCAGGAAGCAGGAAACAAUCAAAUAGAAAGUAAACAGAACCAUUCAUUUGAAGUCACAUUCAGCCGUCACACGAUUCAUUAUUGAUCUUUGUGACCGUCUGCAUACUGGAGGGAGAUAGUCCAAUACACGCCUUUUCUAUUCAGCACAUCAUUUGCUAGCCAGUGUCAAAAGUUGGGAAUAUGUUCUCCAAACGUAAUUCUUUGUCAACCCUUGACAGUCUGUGACGCCCCCUCUCCCUGCCCCAUGUUUGAUUAUGGAUCAUGUGUAUUAAAACAGUGGUGUCAGCAUGCGCUUCAGGCUCAGCCGGGCAGUCUAUGUUGUCAUCUUCUUCGUGACUUUCCUUAUCCUUUGGUACUUGGUAAGCCAGAACAAUCCUCAAUUUACCAAAACAUGUGAACUACCUCUGACAUUUCAAAACAAUCUCUUGAAUCUGUCAUACAGAGUUCAUAAAGUUUUGGAUAUUAUGACCUUAACCCAUUGUCUUUGUUAUGGAGCGCUUUGGGGUCAAGUACGAAGAUCCAGUACUCUUCCAUGGGAGACCAAUGCAGAGUUUUGUGUCAAUAACAAAGAAAUAUCAGCAUUUGACGAAAACUUUAUUGAUAGAGUUUUUAGGAAACAUAACUUGACCCUUGUGUAUGAUUCUGCUGAGGGUUUAUACUCAGUCACAGAUGAUGCCUUUCAGAAGGGAGCUCAAAUACAAUUGAUAGUGUUUGAAGAAGACCUGAAGCUAGAUGUAAUGCGAAGAGUUGGGUGGAAACGUCGAAUGCUUCCUCCUAACUGUGAGGAUUCGAAAUCACUUGAGUGCUUUCCUAUUCGUCUCUUACGCAAGCCUCUCCCUAUGAAACCAUUUGGCUGGAAAGAACUACCAGUUCCUUGGGAAAGCCUUGAAAUUUUAAAGUAUCACUAUCCAGAAAAUUGGUGGAAGGAAGUGUUACCAUUAAAUUGCUAACUUACUGCA